AUGGGCACAUACCCUGUUCUUCCCUCAUACGUAAAGUCGACAAUGGAGGACCUCCAGGAUGUCAUCGACAAGAACGCAGAGCAACUCGUUGGAAAGAAUGUCAUUGACAAGUUCGGCCACUCCAACCUCCCCUUCUUGCCCAAGGUCUUGUCCAUCGCAAAAGCUCUUCCUCUUCAACUGCACCCCAACAAGGAACUUGCAGCCAAGUUGCACAAGGAGGAUCCUCAGAACUUCACGGACCCCAACCACAAGCCCGAGAUUGCUCUUGCCCUGUCCAAGUUCGAGGCUUUCUGCGGUUUCAAGCCUCUCGAUCGUAUCGAGCCCCUCUUCAAGAUUGAGCCCCUCAAGCAAUUCGUUCCUGAACACACCAAGUUCGAUGACCAGGUCCUCAAGAAGACUGUGAACACUAUGCUCAAGGCUGAUGAGAAGACCGUCGGAUCCGUCGUUGAUGGUCUAACCAAGCUCGACAAGUCCGCAUUCGGUCAGGACACAUACAUCCCUGAACUCAUUCCUCGCCUGGCCGAGCAAUACGACAAGACCGACAACGGUAUUCUGGUUGCUCUCGUUACCAUGAACUACCUCGUCCUGCAGGCUGGCGAGGGCAUCUACAUCCCUGCCGAUGGUAUCCACGCCUACCUCGCCGGUGAUAUCAUCGAGUGCAUGGCCCGCAGCAACAACGUCCUCAACACUGGUUUCUGCCCUCAAGCCGAGCGCAACUCCGCAGACCUCUUCACCUCCACCCUGACCUUCAAGCCUCAUGACCCCGAGGCUUGCAUGCUGCGCGGAGAGUCUUACGACCGUAGCAAGAACGGCAAGACUCAGGUCUACAGACCCCCUAUGAGCGAGUUCAACAUGCUUGUGUCGAGACUCAGCAAGGGUGACAAGGAGACUCUUGGUGCUGUCAACGGUCCUAGCAUCCUGCUCGUCACAGAGGGCAAGGGCAAGCUUACCGCCGAUGGCAAGUCUUAUGACGCUUCCGAGGGUAACGUCUUCUUCAUUGCUCAGGGAACCGAGCUGGAGAUCGAUGCUGCGGAUGGUCUCUUCUUGCACACCGCUUACUGCGAGUAA